UUCAAUGGUACGGAGUCUGAAGCAACUGAAGAGAUAGAACCGCUGAAAACCAUCGAUAAGAAUCUAUUCGAUGACAUCUCGAAGAUCUUGCCAAAACCUGUAUGUGAGUGGACGGAGAAUGACUUUCCCGACUUGCCAAACCAGACCGACAAUGCGCUGAAUCGUGUCCUUCAGGCCUACUCUCGCUUCCUUAGUCGUUUUAGCACUUCUGAGAAGAGCGUGGAGAACGGAAAUGGCUUAUCAACCUCUAAAACGCAGAAAAGCACUUUUGGCCUGCUUUUAAAGAUUGGCAUCCUCGUGGGCGAUAUCAUAUUUGUUGCUUAUGCUGUAGAAGUGCGACGGCUACAAACAGAGGCUGAUAUCACGCUUUUGUGUCUACUGGCGGUGCUGGUCGUAAUUACAAUACUCUACCUUAUAUUCUUUGUUCUGAUGCGAAACCCCAAAAAUCUGGUCUCUCUCAUUGGCAUUGUGGCAAUGGUCCUGAUAUGUAUGCUCAUCUCCGUUCAUCCAGCCAAGAAUGAGGCACCACUACUAAUCAAGCCUUACAUGUCCCAAAUGACAAAUUCGGAAUUGCAUGCCAUCAUGGUGAACGGAUUCGCGUCUAUCGCUGGACCCGUUAUGGUGGUCUACAUCAACUUUGGGAUCCCUGCAAAUCAUCUUCUCAUUGCUUGUGUCAUGUCAGCACCAGCAGCGCUUGCCAUCGCAAAAAUCCUCUACCCAGAGACAAAACAGGCUCCUUUAGCCAAGGGCACAAGAAACACCCUUCAUUCGAGCCCCUUUACCAAUCCAAUUGAGGCAGCAACGGUUGGGGCACUGGAAGCUAUACCGCUGUGUGCAGGGAUUAUUGUCAAUUUAAUGGCAUUUCUCAGCAUCUUCAGUGUGUUUAAUCGUAUUCUCACCUGGCUCGGCCAUCGAAUCGGCAUGAGCAGAAAAACUAUUGUAAUUUCGUCAUAUGCGCUCUGCGGAUUUGCGAAUGUUGGUUCAGUGGGAAUUCUCUUGGGUACUUUCAUUAAAAUGCUGCCGCACAGGCGCAAGGAUCUCUCUGGUAUGGUUGUACAUGGAAUGAUUGGCGGCACUAUUGCUGCCUUCGUUACUGCAUGCUUCGCUGGUACGCAAGGCAGCUCUCAAGUGGAAACGGCUUCAUAG